AUGGUUAGUAAUGCUGGUGGUUACUUGGAUUUUUUGAUGGAGAGAGAGUUGUGCGGUUUUGUUUUCAUCUGGUGGGUGUUCUUAGCUCACCCAUUGUGCUUGGUUUCUGCUAACAUGGAAGGUGACGCCUUACAUAACCUGAGGACAAAUUUACAGGAUCCUAACAAUGUUUUGCAAAGUUGGGACCCUACAUUGGUGAAUCCAUGCACGUGGUUUCAUGUAACAUGCAACAAUGAUAAUAGUGUCAUUAGAGUUGAUCUGGGAAAUGCUGCCUUGUCUGGUCAACUUGUUCCACAACUUGGCCAGCUCAAAAACUUACAGUAUUUGGAACUUUACAGCAAUAACAUUAGUGGACCAAUUCCAAGUGACCUGGGGAAUCUUACUAACUUGGUGAGCUUGGAUUUGUAUCUAAACCGUUUCAGUGGACCUAUCCCAGAGUCAUUGGGCAAGUUGUUCAAAUUGCGUUUCCUCCGGCUUAACAACAACAGCCUGACUGGUCCUAUUCCCAUGUCACUGACCAAUGUUACUGCUCUGCAAGUGCUGGAUUUGUCUAACAACCGUCUCUCAGGUGUGGUUCCUGAUAAUGGCUCCUUCUCAUUAUUCACUCCCAUCAGCUUUACUAACAACUUGGAUCUAUGUGGCCCAGUCACUGGGCACCCUUGUCCUGGGUCACCUCCCUUUUCUCCUCCUCCUCCUUUUGUCCCACCAUCCCCAAUCUCAGCUCCAGGGGGAAAUAGUGCAACUGGUGCAAUAGCUGGAGGAGUUGCUGCAGGUGCUGCUCUGUUAUUUGCUGCUCCUGCAAUUGCAUUUGCAUGGUGGCGUCGAAGGAAACCACAAGAAUUUUUCUUUGAUGUUCCUGCUGAAGAGGAUCCUGAAGUACACCUUGGACAGCUUAAGAGGUUCUCACUACGAGAACUGCAAGUUGCAACAGAUACUUUUAGUAAUAAGAACAUUCUUGGAAGGGGAGGAUUUGGUAAGGUGUACAAAGGACGCUUGGCAGAUGGUUCACUGGUUGCUGUGAAAAGAUUGAAAGAGGAGCGCACACCUGGUGGGGAGCUUCAGUUUCAGACUGAAGUAGAGAUGAUCAGCAUGGCUGUGCACCGAAAUCUCCUUCGUUUACGUGGAUUCUGUAUGACACCAACUGAAAGACUACUUGUAUAUCCUUACAUGGCCAAUGGAAGUGUUGCCUCAUGCUUAAGAGAGCGUCCAACACAUCAACAACCCCUUGAUUGGCCAACAAGAAAAAGAAUAGCAUUGGGAUCAUCAAGGGGUCUUUCAUAUUUGCAUGAUCAUUGUGACCCGAAGAUUAUUCAUCGUGAUGUAAAAGCUGCAAACAUAUUGUUGGAUGAGGAGUUUGAGGCUGUUGUUGGGGAUUUUGGGUUGGCCAAACUGAUGGACUACAAGGACACCCAUGUUACAACUGCUGUACGAGGCACAAUUGGGCACAUAGCACCAGAGUACCUAUCUACUGGUAAAUCUUCAGAGAAAACUGAUGUAUUUGGGUAUGGUAUAAUGCUUCUGGAGCUGAUCACUGGACAAAGGGCUUUUGACUUGGCUCGACUUGCAAAUGAUGAUGAUGUUAUGUUGCUGGAUUGGGUUAAAGGACUUUUGAAAGAAAAGAAGCUAGAAAUGCUGGUUGACCCUGAUCUCCAUAGCAAUUACAUAGAUGCUGAGGUAGAACAGUUAAUUCAGGUUGCCCUGCUUUGCACACAAGGAUCCCCUAUGGACCGGCCUAAGAUGUCAGAAGUGGUGAGAAUGCUUGAAGGUGAUGGCUUGGCAGAAAGAUGGGAUGAGUGGCAAAAGGUGGAAGUUCUGCGCCAGGAAGUGGAGCUUGCCCCUCAUCCUAAUUCUGAUUGGAUUGUUGACUCAACUGAAAAUCUACAUGCAGUUGAGUUAUCUGGUCCGAGGUAA